AGCACUGAAGCAUCAGCAUUAGCAUCACAGGCGCCCUUCCGUACGUGGACAGCGUGAUCCCUACACCGUCUUAGAGUAACGACAAGCGAACGGCCGCGAUAGGUUCACAGGAGUUCUGCCACAAAUCGGAGGUAUCUGAUACUUUUCGUGUGUCGUACGGAAGGAGGAUAGGCGGCGUAAUAGCACCACCAGAGAAAGCAGCGCUCCGACUGCUGUUGCUGGGAAGGGUGGCGCGGCGGCGCUCAUCUGCUGGCGGGCUGGAGCCAUGUUCCGGAAUACUUUCCAGUCGGGCUUCCUGUCUAUCUUGUACAGUAUAGGGUCAAAACCAUUGCAAAUAUGGGAUAAGAAGGUGCGCAACGGGCACAUCAAGCGCAUCACGGACCAGGACAUCCAGUCGUCCGUCCUCGAGAUCGUGGGCACAAACGUGUCGACGACCUUCAUCACCUGCCCCGCCGACGCGGGCAAGACUCUCGGGAUCAAGCUCCCCUUCCUGGUGAUGAUCCUCAAGAACCUCAAAAAGUACUUCACGUUCGAGGUGCAGGUGCUCGACGACAAGAACGUGCGCAGGAGAUUCCGCGCCUCCAACUACCAGAGCACGACGCGCGUCAAGCCCUUCAUCUGCACGAUGCCGAUGCGGUUGGAUGAGGGUUGGAACCAGAUCCAGUUCAACCUUAGCGACUUCACGCGCCGAGCGUACGGCACGAAUUACAUCGAGACCCUGCGGGUGCAGAUCCACGCGAACUGCCGCAUCCGCAGGAUUUACUUCUCCGACCGCCUGUACUCGGAGGAGGAACUCCCGCCGGAGUUCAAGCUCUUCCUGCCCAUUACCAAGCAGGAGGGGCAGGGGGCGCAGCAGCCGCUCGCGGCUACGUGAAACAAAAAGCAAUAGGUGGCAGCAUCCUCCGCCUAUUUAAGGAGCUCUGUCUAAUUUUUAUUUGUCGAACUAUUCUCCCGAAACGCUGCCGUUCGGGAGGGAGUCAGAGCAGAGAGAGACAAGCGGUUGAUACAUGUCAAGAGAAGAGGGAGGGAUGGCAGUAGUAGAGGGCAAGACGUGAUGAAGGAACCGAGGGGAGGAGGCGGGGAGGCGCAACCGUUUGUGCAGCAGGACCACAAUUUUGGGCACAUAUGAAAGUUGAAAGUUGAACCAUUGUGCGUUCAGGACCGCAACAGCAGUCGAAGAUGCGAUUCUCCGUCGGUAUCGGGAUUGAGCGGCCAUCGUCCAGACACCGUAGCUCGAAGCUCUCGGCCCUAGGUGUAUUUGGCGCGAAAAACAAGAGGAGGGUUAUGAAGUUGCCAAAAAUUUGAGUCUGGUCCUCUUUUCUAGAGUACGUGAAGGUGUCACAGAUGUGACAAUCUUGCGGGCGCACGCCUUUGUCUGCAAGACCCAAGCAGACCAGG